GCCAGAUCGGCGCGCGCGGGCCCCCGUCGUCGUCUCCCUCCCCUCUCGCUGAACAACUAGCCCAUGAUGGCAGCGGUGCAGCAGCAGUAGCAGUAGCGGUGCCAGCGCCCCCAAUUCCGACGGCCAUGCCGCGUGGUCUUCCCAGCGGGCAUAUACGUACCUACGCGCGCAGCAUGCACUGUACACCACAGAUCGCUUCUCGCAGAUCGGCGCAAGGCUAGCUAAGUGCUUGCUUGCUGCCUCUGCUCUGCUCCCCUCUCAGCCUCUUCAUCACUCGAAGAGUCCACAGUGCACUUCUAGCUAGCCAGAUAAAGAAAUAUAAUGAGAUGAAGAGCUGAGGUACGCGCGUCUUGGUUUCUUGGAUCACGCGCCCGCACGGCAAGCAAGAAGGAGGAGACGACUACUGUUGCUGCUAGCUCAAGCUUCCCGUUGAUGGCUUCCAAAGGUGCAGGAGGCGGCGGCCAUGACGAACCCCAGCGGCCGAAGCAGCAGCUGCCGCGCGACUCCCGCGGCUCGCUCGAGGUCUUCAACCCCUCCUCCUCCACCGUCGAGCCCCCCUCCGCGUUCCGCCCCGCCGCUGCCGCCCGGUCCGCAUCUCCAUUCAUCGAGGAAGCAGCGGGCAGCAUCGAGGAUGUCGGCAAGGCGACGCAGCGAGCGGCAGAGUGGGGCCUCGUGCUCCAGACAAACGAGCAGACGGGCCGGCCGCAGGGCGUGUCCGCGCGCUCCUCCGGCGGCGGCGGCUCCGCCCGCAGCAGCUCCGACGACAAGGCCGUCGCGGGCGCCAUCCCCCGGGUCUCGGAGGAGCUCCGGGCGGCGCUCUCCGCGUUCCAGCAGACGUUCGUGGUGUCGGACGCCAGCCGCCCCGGCCACCCCAUCAUGUACGCCAGCGCCGGCUUCUUCAACAUGACCGGCUACACCUCCAAGGAGGUCGUCGGAAGGAACUGCCGCUUCCUCCAAGGCUCCGGCACCGACCCGGCGGAGAUUGCCAAGAUCAGGAAGGCUCUGGCAGAUGGCUCAAACUACUGCGGCCGUGUCCUCAACUACAAGAAGGACGGCACGGCAUUCUGGAACCUCCUGACCAUUGCUCCCAUCAAGGAUGAGGAAGGCAAUGUCCUCAAGUUCAUAGGGAUGCAAGUGGAAGUGAGUAAAUACACUGAAGGGAACAAGGAUACGGUUGUUCGUCCAAAUGACCUGCCUGAGUCACUCAUCAAAUAUGAUGCCAGGCAGAAGGAUCAGGCCCGUAGCUCAGUUUCUGAGCUUCUGUUGGCCAUCAAGAAUCCACGUUCAUUGUCAGAAUCAAGUAAUAGCACCUUCAAAAGAAAAUCACAGGAAUCAGUAGGUGCGUUGACGGGUGAUCGUCCUGGCAAGAGAAGCUCGGAAAGUGGAUCUCGACGUAACUCAAAAACUGGAGCAAGGAGCUCACUGCAAAAAAUCAGUGAAGUUCCUGAAAGAGGCAAUAGAAGUAGAAAAUCUGGUCUGUUUUCACUUAUGGGUUUACUUGGUAUGGGCCAGGGAAAUGAAGAAAAGAACAUGCUGAAACCAAGAGAUGAAGAUCCGCUGCUUGACAGUGACGAUGAAAGACCUGAGAGCUUUGACGAUGAGCUAAGGAAGAAAGAAAUGAGAAGGGGUAUGGACUUGGCUACUACACUUGAGCGUAUUGAGAAGAACUUUGUCAUUACUGACCCAAGAUUACCAGAUAAUCCUAUUAUAUUUGCGUCCGAUAGUUUCCUGCAGUUGACAGAAUAUUGCCGUGAAGAAAUUUUGGGGAGAAACUGCAGGUUUCUCCAAGGUCCUGAAACUGACCGCGCGACAGUGAGGAAAAUUAGAGAUGCCAUAGAUAACCAAACAGAGGUCACGGUUCAGCUGAUUAAUUAUACAAAGAGUGGUAAAAAGUUCUGGAACCUGUUUCACUUGCAGCCUAUGCGUGAUCAGAAGGGAGAUGUCCAGUACUUUAUUGGGGUUCAGUUGGAUGGAACUGAGCAUGUCCGAGAUGCUGCUGAGAGAGAGGGAGUCAUGCUGAUUAAGAAAACUGCAGAAAAUAUUGAUGAGGCUGCAAAAGAACUUCCAGAUGCUAAUUUGAGACCGGAGGAUUUGUGGGCCAACCACUCAAAAGUAGUUUUGCCAAAGCCACAUAUGAAGGAUUCUGCAUCAUGGAGAGCCAUCCAAAAAGUUCUUGAGGGUGGAGAAAACAUUGACUUGAAACAUUUCAGGCCUGUGAAACCUUUGGGAUCUGGUGACACUGGAAGCGUGCACUUGGUGGAGUUGUUAAACACAGGUGAAUACUUUGCCAUGAAAGCUAUGGAUAAAAGUGUCAUGCUUAACCGCAAUAAGGUCCAUAGAGCUACGGCCGAACGACAAAUCCUUGAUAUGUUGGACCAUCCAUUCCUUCCGACAUUAUAUGCAUCGUUUCAGACCAAGACACAUAUAUGUCUCAUUACAGACUACUACCCUGGCGGGGAGCUCUUUCUGCUCCUAGAUAGACAACCUCUAAAGGUUCUGCGGGAAGAUGCAGUCAGGUUCUAUGCUGCUGAAGUUGUCAUUGCACUCGAAUACUUGCAUUGCCAAGGUAUAAUCUACCGAGACUUAAAGCCGGAGAAUAUCUUACUUCAUAGAGAUGGACACAUCUCCUUGACAGACUUUGAUUUGUCUUGCCUGACAUCUUGCAGACCGCAGGUAUUUCUUCCAGAAGAAGCUAAUAAGAAAAGUAGGAGGAAAAGCAGGAGUUCACCCAUCUUUUUUGCUGAACCUAUGCGAGCAUCCAACUCAUUUGUUGGUACAGAGGAGUACAUUGCACCUGAGAUUAUUACUGGAGCUGGCCAUACAAGUGCUGUUGAUUGGUGGGCGCUAGGGAUUCUUCUCUAUGAAAUGCUGUAUGGUUACACGCCCUUCAGAGGUAAAACCAGGCAAAGGACAUUCGCCAACAUCCUUCACAAAGACAUCAGAUUUCCGGCGAGUAUAUCGGUGAGCCUCCCAGCAAGGCAGCUGAUUUACAGGUUGCUACACCGUGACCCUACGAAUAGGUUGGGAUCGUAUGAGGGAUCAAAUGAGAUAAAAGAGCACCCCUUCUUCCGUGGCAUCAACUGGGCUCUUGUGCGCGGCACGGCUCCUCCAAAGCUGGAUGCUCCCCUGUUUCCGGAUGACAUGGACAAGGGAAUGGGCGAUGCAACUACUGCCGCUGCUGAUAAUCACACCGACAUGUUCUGAAUAAAGAAGCUGGCCUAGAUAAAGAAGCAUCUGGGUCGAGCUCAAUCACGCAUGUUUCUUUGUUAUCGCUAUCUGCCGUUUAUGUUCGAGCGUACCUAGGGAGGUAGGAGAUGGAAUAACUAAGCUAGUUUGAGAUCGAUGUAGACUACUGGGGUUGCUGAACGCAAUGUAAUAGUACUGCAUGUAUUUGGAUCAUAUUAAAAUAAUCAAUUACCGUAAGAUGCGUC